CCACUGAUUGUGUCUGGUGCUGGUAUGUUUGGCAAAGAUGUGGUGUUGCCGGUAAACUUUUUACAACUCUGAAGAAACGUGAGGCUGAAGGUCAAUUGAUUGUUGUCACAAUCGAUGAAUUCAAAACCUCUAAAACAUGCAGCCUCUGUUUCUAUGAUGAUAUGCAAAUUGUUGAUACUCCUGGAUUUAAGGGUACCGGCGUUCUUCAUUGCAAGCAAUGUCUGAAGCUAUGGCAGAGAGACGUUAACGCCGCUAUCAACAUGAUGACCAUAUCUCGAGCAGUUUGGUAUGGAGCGGGAGGACCCGACGUUUUCCAUCCAGCGAAGAAGAAGAAUGUACGCCGUAAUAAACACGGUUUUCCUUA